GUUGCCCAACAUUUCGGCCUCCGUGCCUCAACUCCUGAGUGCAAUCAAGGAGCUCCAGGCGAAAGGCUUCAGCGUCCCGGACUUUCCCGCGGAUCCUCAAAGCGAGCAGGAGACGGAGAUCCGAGGUCGCUAUGCCAAGGUCCUGGGCAGCGCCGUCAAUCCGGUGCUCCGCGAAGGCAACUCCGAUCGUCGCGUGGCACGGCCAGUCAAGGAGUAUGCCAUGAAGCACCCGCACAGAAACCAUGAGUGGACUGCGGAGUCCAAGAGCUGUGUGGCGUCCAUGGAGGAAGGCGACUUCUUCGCCUCGGAACAGAGUUGCAUCAUGGAGGAGGUGUCCAGUGUUCGGAUCGAGCUGGUCAGCACGGGAAAGACCACGGUGCUGAAGGCCAAGACGCCCUUGCUCUCAGGAACGGGGACGUUUGAUGGAACCGAACCUGGCCGAGCUGCUCGACGAGGGGUGCUCGGAGUACUGCGCUCGACAAGGCGUGGCUUGGGCGUCCUGGAGCACCACUUCCGCGAAGCAGCUGCCCCGGGCCACGGGCAGAGCUGGGAAAGCCGGACGGGGCGAAGUUCCUGGAGGCCAUCGCGGGCCAUGACGCCCAAGGUUCUCACCGGGGUCCUCUCGGCAGUGUAA